UCUCCCUGUCUCGGCUACUUUCCUCACAACUCAGCAUCGCCGCUCGCCGGUUCACCCAUCUGCCCCGGCAGCCCCUUUCAUCGUCUGUAUCCUGUCUCUUCACUUCUCACCGCCAUUUAUUCCUUCUCACCCGGCAUCUUCCAAUCUUUGAGUCCCUCUUUCAGUUGCGACCCAAGGCUGUUACUUGCCAUAACAGCUGUAUCCCGAUAAACUAAAAGCCGACUGGUUUCGCGGAAAUCUGUAGGCAGGUAACUUGCUCUGACACAAUCUAAUCCAUACAAGAACUCUGGUCGUGACUUGUCUGCCACUUUCUGUUCUCCUGUAUACAAAGUCAAAACUUCACCUAAAAUCGAACAAAAUUUGUUCUACUUUGAAGAGUGACAGAGUGACCAUGUUCAAGUGCAGAAUAAUAACUUCAAUUCUCAAAAGUAAAAGAGAAGCUGUCAGUGGCAUCGUAUCUAAUCUCUCUGGAAAUAGUUCAUAUCGAGUUUUCACUAGUAGUACUUCUUCUUUUGCUGCUACUACUACUGCAACUGUUAGGGGCUUUUAUUAUGGCUUUAGAUCUCUCCCCAAGGGCCAUCAUAUGUCUACCUUGAGGAAUAUGUCCAGUACUGUGGCAUCUAAUACAAUGGGAAGUAAAGAAGGAUUGAGAUUAUUAGUCACUGGAGGACCUCGUGCUCAGAAAGUGGUAGGGAUGUGGCUUUUUGGUUCUGCUGCAUGGGUUUUUAGUAUGGUGGUCCUUGGGGGUCUUACCCGCCUAACACGGUCUGGUCUUUCAAUGACUGACUGGAAAUUUACAGGUAGCCUUCCUCCUCUAUCAGAUGAGGAGUGGGAUCAGGAGUUUGAGAAAUACAUGCAAUCACCUGAGUAUAAGCGUGUAAAUAAAGGGAUGAAGAUAGAAGACUUCAAAUUCAUAUAUUGGAUGGAGUAUGGCCACCGUAUGUGGGGAAGGGGAUUGGGCAUCAUCUUUGCAUUACCAUUCUCAUAUUUUCUUCGUAAGGGAUAUAUUACACUAGGUCUUGGACUUAGACUGUCUGCUCUCUUUGCCCUUGGUGCUGGUCAGGGUCUAAUCGGAUGGUGGAUGGUCAAAAGUGGUUUAGAGGAGCCAGCAUCUGAAUAUGCUCAGCCAAGAGUAAGUCCUUACCGUCUUGCUGCUCAUCUUACCUCGGCCUUUGUAAUUUAUAGUGGCCUCUUCUGGACUGCUCUUUCUGUGGUUAUGCCUGAGCCUCCUGCCGAGUCAAUAGCUUGGGUCGGUGGGGCUGCAAAAGUUAAGAGAUUUGCCCUUCCUGUGGGCUUAGUUGUGGGCCUUACGGCUGUCUCAGGGGCAUUUGUGGCAGGAAAUGAUGCUGGGCAUGCAUAUAAUACUUUUCCCAAGAUGGGGGACGCAUGGAUUCCUGAGGAUAUAUUUGAAAUGAAGCCACUAAUUCGCAACUUCUUCGAGAAUACAUCAACUGUGCAGCUUGAUCACCGUCUUCUAGCUGCUGCAAGCUUAAUCUCUAUCGGAACAAUGUGGUGGUUCACUAGAAAGUUGGACAUACACCCGGCUGUUCAAACUUUGAUUGGGAGCACACUAGGCAUGGCUGGUCUUCAGGUGACUUUAGGGAUAUCAACCCUUCUGUCCUAUGUACCGGUAUCACUUGGCACUGCACAUCAAGCUGGAGCUUUGACUCUUUUGACAUUCAUGCUUCUGCUCAAUCACACUGUUAGGAAGCCAUCAGUGGCGCUUCUCAAAACACUGCCUCAAGUUGCCAGGUCACCCUAAUAGUUUUAGUUUCAAUUUUAUGGCAGAUAAACCAUGAAUUAGAUUACAUAAAUUGAUAAAUGCUCACUUAGCUCUAAAUUCAGUUUAGGGCUAAUUUUUUGUGGGGUAUGAGAUAAAAGUAGGUUUACUUAUAUUCUUCAUUCAUUGCAAUUGAGAAGACCUUUAGAAUCUUAGCUUGAGUUUUGUUGUAUGCUGGACAAUAUGUUAUGAUGUAAGUUGUCAUUGGUGUUCA